CAAAUUCUAGUCGCUUUUCAGUAGCACUAGCAGCAACACAAAAAAUAUUGCGCCGUAGUUUAAGUCCAGAAAUAUAUAUUUAAGACAGAUUACGGGGUCCUAGGCAGCUUUCUCGGGGGUCGUCGCCAGCCGGUUCAUUCACAAACAUCACGUGUGUCCCGCCUGUAACCGGCAGAAUCGUGUUUGGAUGAAACCGUCACGCCGUCAUCUCUAGGAAACGAGUGACUCUGCCUGUGCUUGAGGUCUCAGCAGUCUGGCGUUGUGGAUGGUUUGUCUACCUCUAAUCCAAACCAAAAGAGAUUCUGUUGGCUCAGAGCCUGUGAACGAGAGCCUAAAGCAAGCCGAGUAAAGGUGCACGCACAGAGUUGAAUAAAAUGGGGGCUGUGAUCCCAAUGCGCCUUUCUGGAAUAUGGCAGUGUUUUCUGUGGCCAUGCCGGAUGUGAAAGCCCCACAAUGUGAUUACUCCCCAGCAGGCUCUCCUGCAGGCUGCAGCAUGGACCUGUCCGUUCUCAGCUCCCCACUGUCUGCUUACCCUCAUCAUGGCGUGCCCCCCUUCCCAGCCCAGGAUGUAGCUCCGGGCCACUGCAACAACAACAAUGGCCUGCUCAGCAACCUGGGGGUCUACUGCUCCACCAGCAGUAUGCAUCCCCUUAAACAGCCUGAUGGCCAGUCUGGCUACGGGGCGAUGCGCUUUACACAGGGCUGCGUGAACACCGGUGGCACCCGGCUUUACCGCAGCCUGGAAAACCUGCACUGGGCUGCCGUGUCAGAUCCCAAUGCAUAUCCUUACAGAAUUGUGGACAGUGAGUUAAUACUUCACUGCACUUCAAGCAGCCACUGGUACGACGGACCUCCUCAGGAACCACAGGUUUACGGCUUAAUGCCUUCCCAUGACGGCAUGGCGAUCUAUGGCCGCCGAGGAGUGGUGAGGAAGGAUAUACCGCUCUUCCCACAAUGGCUUUUACCUGCGGUUGAGGACUGGAGCAUGAACGGAAAUGCUCGGAAGGGUCUUCGAGACAAGCUGCGGCUCCAGAGCACACGUGUGAUGGAGCCUCACAAGCCCUUGCGUCCUGUGCUUGGUAAUGCACCUUCUCCGCUGUAUCCAUGUGAUCAGGAUGUAGCGGUUCGGCCAUCAUUGCACAGGAAUGGACAGCAGGAGUUAAGUGCCCGUCGCAUCACCAGUCCCGAGGAGAUCAAACAGGAAGCACUCCGACGGCUGCAGCUCCGAAGGCAACGAAGCACCCCUAACUUGGCACUGAACUCUAGACAGGAGUCUAGUACCAUGAGUAAAGCUCAUACGGCAGAUCCCAUCUGCACUAACUCCACCCAGUCAACCCCUGAGAGGAAAAGACCCCCGAUAGGCCGCUUGCACAUACCUACAUUUGAGGAGUUUAAGAGAAUGAGACAAAAGGAGGCCAUUAAAAACCACAGGUCCUCUGAAAUGGAGAGUAACGACAAGCAUAGAGAGGAAAGAAUACAGACAGAGGAAAUGCAAAGUGCUGAAAGGAGAGACAUUGACAUCAACACAGCUCUGGAUUCGAACCACUGUGAAGCGGAGAUGUCUGAGCCCAGUUCCACCGCAGAGGUCCCAGGAGGACCCAUCUGCACAGGCCCAGUGGCUCGCUCUCCAUUACACCCUCAAGCUGCUACAGAAAGAGGCAAGGAGACAAAGGGCCCAGCAGGCCCUGGGGCCACAGAUGUAGCUGUUCUCCCCUUCCCGCCCCGCAGGGAGAGUGGUGAUGGCCCAUCCAGCUGCUGCCCGGCAAUCCUUCUGGACGGAACAGACCUUUCCAGCUAUGGAGCCAAAAUCUACAAAAUGAGGGAUGGCUUACUGGGAUCUGCCCUGGACCUUAUUAAAAAAAGCUGCAGUGCAGAGAUUGCAGCCGAGACUUCCGUGCGAUUGUCGCGUGAGCAGAAUGACGUCACUGACAUCACCGCUCCCCAGCCCAGCCAUCAGUCUGCCCACGUUGCCAUGACAACAUCGGCCUGCGGAGAGGAGGCUUGCACCGAGCCCGUGGGACAACGGGGCAAAGCGGCGACAGAAUGCGUUUCUGGGGCGGGCUGCAGACGCUCCAGCUCGGACGCGGCCUAUGAGCUGGCUGAGUCAGUGAGGGCCCAGCGUGAGUGUCGUCUGAGGCCCCACUACAGCGACCCCAUGCCUGCAGACGCCACCAAGCGUAAGCAGCUGGAGAUGAAGAUCGCUGCUGCGGCACGCUUGCACAUUCACCGCAGAGACAGGGACAGUGUGCCAGGCUCAGCCAGGGGCCGCUCGGAGCCCAGAGGUGAGGAGAGGAGCAGGGGCCUGGGUGUGAGGCGCUCAGCACAGCACCGCUGGAGUACCAUCAGCAGCCUGAGCGCAGACAGCGGUGUCGUAGGCUUGAAUGAUGAGCGUGAAGAUGAGGAAGAGCCUCGUCGCAUCCGCCACAGUGCCGGAGCCGAGGUAGAACGUGUGGACAGCGGCAUCGGCCCUGGAUUGGCUCGGGGCUGGAGGAGACCCUUGCCGUCCCUCAGGGCCUGGGACGCUCAGCAGCCCUGUCCCGACUGUGGACACAAAGAGGGGGCCCACGAGGAAGGCAUGUGUGAACGCUGCUCCAAGCUACGCACAGAGCGCAAAGAGGCCAUCCUAGAGUUUCUCAACACUGAGUCGAGUUAUGGAGAGGACCUGCGCAUCAUCAAGGAAGAGUUUUACUGCCCCAUGCAGAGUGCAGGGCUGCUCACUGCAGAGCAGCUGGCCGUGGUCUUCAGCAAUGUUCAAGAGCUCAUUGAUGUCAACGACAAGUUCACAGAGCACCUGCAGGACAGCAUCGAUCAGGCUUUUGAUCAGGGCGAUGAGGACCUGCAGAGUGUGUGCAUUGGGGAAAUCUUCUUGGAGUUUGUCAACAUGCUUCCAGCGUUUCAGACCUACUGCCUGCAGCAGUCCACAUCUGUCAACAUGCUCAACACACUGGAGAAAGAAAAGAGCUUCUUAGUUUACUCCUUUACAUCCCUCAGGAUAUUCCUCGACGUGUCCCAGAAUGACAACACAGCACUCAGACGCAUGAACCUGCGCUCUUUCCUCAUGGCGCCGCUUCAGCGGGUGACCAAGUACCCAUUACUGUUAAGUCGCAUUAGCAAGGUCACCAACGAAUGUCACCCAGACUACUCUCGCUUAAAAGAGGCCAAGAGCCGCGUGGAGUCCCAUCUAGAGCACAUCAACAUGAAGACCAAACAGGAGGGAACCGCCACAUGGUCCUUGCGCUCUUUCCGACGUGACAGUCGCAAGAACCGAGAAGUCAUUAACAUUGAGAUGAGAGAGCUGUCGAUGAAGACGGUGGGCUGGACACGAGAGAGCACACGCUUCAUCAUGGAGGGGCCACUUCAACUGGCGCAGCCCGCCGAUGGCCAGUGGCUUAAGAAGGGGAGCAAAUCCCUCAAAUUCCAGAACAUUCAGAGUUUACUCAUGGUACGCACCCUGCGCAAUACAGACACGGUGACUGAAGGGAGUCUGGAGACCUUAGAGACGGUGCAGGACGGUGUACUGGUGCUCAUCAAGGACAAGAGCAGCGGGAAGUUCACUGUGUUACGGGAGCCAAUCCAUCUGGCAAACUGCGUGGUAUCCACCGACGCCGACUGUGAAGACACCUUCGAGGUGCUGGACAUCCGACGCGAGGCCUUAGUUUUCCGUGCGUCUGACAAACCUCGCACUCAGCAAUGGUUUCGUCAGAUCAAGAGAUACGCUUGUGAUUUGGGAUCCUGGAGAAAGAGACGCAAUGCACUCCCUAAUAUCAUGAUUAACACGACCCAGAGCCGGUCUUGAGACUGAGCCCUCAGCAACACAUCCCUUCCCAGUAUAACUUUGAUGUAAAUAAUUGAAAAAAAAAAAUUUAAAUCAAUAUUUGUUGAGCAAACAGUAUUUGUGUGGGAGAACCGUAUCUAAGUAGAUAGUUAGGUUCUCCACCAAUGGACUUUUAAAUUGCAAGGUUUUACUGUGAUUUGACUGGAAAUUAAUAUAGACUGCAGGAGGGCACUUUGUAUGAGUGGAAAGCAAGUAAAUGACAUUUGGGAAGAGGAAAAACCCACUGUCAAGCAAAAAGUAAUGCCCUUUGGCAUACCAAAAUGAGGGCCUUGUUGGGCGCCUCACUGCUGCACUUGUAAAACACUGAUUGUACAACCAGUUUUCUACUGAAAAGAAAAGUGGUAUUUGUGAUAAGCACGAAGGAACAUGUUUGUUAUUGGAUGGACUUUAUGUGGACUUUUUAGUAUGCACAACAGAAACCUAUGGAAACCUGUGUUUAAGUAUGAAGACUGAGGUAAAACUGGGUUUUUUUUCGGAUUAUUGUAAUUCCCCUUUUCCUCUCUCUCUCUACCAUUAGCAUCUAUUCCCACUGCCAUUCAGGAGCAGUUCUCAUUUUUGUAUCACUGUGCUGGUUUACAAAACAGCAAUAAUCUUUAUUGUAUUAUGUAGCAGCAGUCAAGCUGUUUUUAUUCACAGGUAGCCAUAUUCUUGUGAUCAGUGAUGUAAGCAAAGAUUUUUGGUAUGUUUUCUCCACAGUCUAAUGAGGGUGUAGCACCAUGUAUUAUCAUUGCCACAUUAAAGGUUGUGCUGAAACCAUCUGUGGCAAUACAUACUUUAAAUAGAAAACUGUCAGUUGGAUGUUUUCCCCCAAAAAUUCUGAAGCAUAUAAUUAAAAAUUUUGUUUUCUUUGCGAUCUCUGUUGGGGAGGAAAUAUGUGCCUUUGUUUCUUUGAUACUGAAUGAGUCCUAAGUACUAUUUUGUUCAAGUUUUUCCUCUACUUUUACCUACGAAUCAGGCCUUCUGUCAAAUUGAGAAACAGAUGUAUCAUUUUUCAGUAGCUGCUAUUAUUUUCUGGCUUCCCGUUGAUAUACAGACUGUGCUUUAUGAAAACUCAUUAAAUGUUAACCGUUUUUGUUUGAUGCACUUUAACACGAAGGUCCUACAACUGGAGUGAGGACAUUGUUCUGCAGUUUACAAAGCUUUACUGUACUUUGUUUUAAAGCUUGUUUUAGCUUUAAGAGAAAAAGAACCACAGUUGACUUCAGCAAUAGCAAUCAAUCACAGUCAUUCUGGUCUCUCUGUAUGUAUAAACUCAAUAGUGAUGGGUAAAAUUGUCACGGUCACUGGAUUUAGGUGUUUAGGUUUCAACAUGAAUAUUUACCGUUUAUUCCAAUGGCACUGAUACUGUUAAAUAUAUCAUACUGUAGCUUCCACAUUACACAAUGAAAAGAAUUGAACCUGCCAGAGCUGAGACCAAUCCAGAGACUGAGACUGAGACCAAUCCAGCUGUUAAAUACUUUUUUCCAUUCUUAAAAAUCCUAAUUUAAUAUUUUUUGUGUGUGUGUGUGUAAAAUAUUGUGAAUUACAAUUAAAAAUGAAAGUAUCCUUCUCUCUCAACUGAUUCCAUAUUUUCUGAGAACAUUAUUAUGUGAAUCUUUAUUAUAUAACAUUAGUGAACAAGCGAAUGGUUUUCCAGUGGAAAGUUGAACCACCACAUGAACAUAGGCAUUUCAACUUCAAAUACUCAGAAAAGAUAAGAAAUCUCUCUCUGAGAAAUCUGUCUUUGGGGAGAAACGAAGAAUACAAAGCAAUAUUGCAGAGAAUUUCUUUUUAACCAUUUUAAGUAAAAGCCCCCCAAAACCACUGAAAGAGCAGAUAAGAAAUGCACCCACAAAGAAGCCACAACAAGAAGAGCAAUAAAAAAAAAAGUAAAUGCACUAAGAAUCCACAAACUAAAUAGGGAGAAACAUAAAGGUUGCCAUAAACCUUUACAAAGGAAUACAAAUGCGUUGUCAGUUUGUCCUUUGAAAACAUUUGUUCGGAAGGUUUUAGUGUUAUCUUUCCAUAGCUCUUCCCAAAACGACACUAUCUGCAGAUUUAGCAUGCAUAACAAUAUAAAUGCCAGAACAAAAGGAAAGAAACAUAUGAACCGAAAAGCAGAAGUGAUAAACCAGCGGUCAAAUUUGCACUAAUAAAUCACUUUGCUCUCAAGUAAUAAUCAAACAAUUAGCAUUCUAUCAUUAUUUACUCUUCCUCACGUAGUUCCAAACCUAAAGUUCUACUGUGCAUCACAUAAGAGAUAUUGAAGAUGUUUACAGUCAUUUUUUCCACAUAACUAAAGUCAAUGGGGUCCAAAACAACACUGGACCUCUGUUGACUUCGUAUGGAUAAAAACAUAUUGUGUUCCCAAGAAGAAAAUAAGUCGGACAGGUUUGGAGUGACAUUGAGGUUGAGUAAAUAAUAAUUACUGGAUGAACUAAAAUACAUGAAAGUAUAAAUAUGUACACACAGCAAACCAGUGGUUAAAGGAAACCACUAGAUGAUUUAACGAUUGAAUAUGUUUUUACGGCAUUGAACUAAACAGUUUGGCACAUGUACACCUUUGCAAGAUAUGUUAUGGUAUAAUGUGAUUUGAACAGAAAAGUUUUACAUUCCAGAAAAGUGCUUGGUUAUGAAACCCAAUCUAACAAAUCAAUGAGCAUAGGUGUGUGUCAAAUGUAAUAUUUCUAUAGUUUAACAUCAAGAAAAUGUCUUGAUGUCUCAACUGGACAUAAAGCCACAAAACAGGCACGGAACUUUGAUUUUAACAGCAUUUUUUAAGUAUCUUCCACCCAAAAAUGUUUUUAUUCCUUCUUGUUUAACUGCACAAUGAUUCACAAGAGACAUGGCCAAGACAAAAACAUCAAUAAUAGUAAAAAGCAUCCAACUCCCCCCCCCC